AAAAUUUAGCAGUACGCAUGCGCAAACACCCUAGCAACAGUUUCCGUGUUUACUGUCAUGGCGUAGAUGUAAUGAAAAAUUCAUGAAAGUAAUGAUUACCUCGUAAUUAUAGGAAUCUUACACGAAAGGGUCCAAAAUGAGUGAUGCUGGGGCUGAUGGAGCAGACAUGAGGGAGGAGGAAGGCUCCCCUGACACCAUGGAAUAUGCUGCCCCCAUUUCAGCAUUGCCCCCAAAAGUCAUCCAUCAAGAGGAAAGUCAGGUUGAAGUAUCAGCAAGUCCAGCCUUCCAGUGUCUUGAUGAGUUAUUUCAUGAAGGAAAACUCACUGGUACAAAAGUUGCACAUUUGAAGGCAAAGUAUACAGAGCUACAUGAAAUACUCAAAAAUACAAGAGAGAAUGAGACCAGUUUAUUGACUCAAGCGAAGGAAUUCUCUGCGGAUCUCGAUCGUCAACGUAUAGAAUUAGAGAAGGCUGACAACUUUCCUGACGGUUCAAACUCUGAAGUUUCAAAGAUGAGGCAGCAACUGUUGAAGUAUAACAACGACUUGAAACAAGCACAGGAACGCCAGUAUCAGCUCGAAUAUCAGAUAGAAAUUUCCACAGAAGAGAAGAAAUUGAUGGACAGAGAAUAUGCUAGAAUGCCUAAAGCAGGGGAAAUCGAAAAGAAGAUCAAAGAGUUACAACAGGCAUGUGAUGAUAUGAAGAAAGAAAUAGUUCAGCGACAACUUGAGGUGAAAACAUUGAAGGAAGAUCUUGAUACAUCCAGUCGGCAAGUUGGCAUUGAUACAAAAGAAUAUGAAAAACUUACAGAAAAAAUGGAAAAUCUAAAGGGUGAUUUGGUGCAAGUAAAUACUAUUCCCAACCAGAUUGCGAAAGAGGCCGAUAAACUGGCUAGGAAAAAGAAUGAACUACAGAAUCAGCUAGGAGCAUUAGAAAAAGAUUUCCAAGAUAUAGUUCAUCAAAAGAAGAAUAUUGAAAACAAACUGCACCAGCUUGAGGAAGAAAAAUACGACAUGGACAAUGAUGUUGAGAAGCAAAGGUCACAUUUGAAUGAGAAAGAUCGAGAAAUGGAAGUGCUACAGAAAGACUUUGAAUAUGCUAAAGAUAGAGAGGCAGUGUUGAUGGGAGAUAGAGCAACACUUGACUUAAACUUACGCCAUAUUCAUCUGGAGAAGAAAAAUGCCCAUGAUGUUCAUUCAAGAAAAAUGCGGGAAAAAGACAGAGACAUUAGGAAUUUGAAAAAAGCAGAACUUCAAAUGAGAGUAGCAGAUGAAACAUUAAAUCAUACAAAAUUAAUACAUGAAAAGAUAAAAGGUCAGGUAGACUCAUUACCCAAGGAUGAUGGUACGCUUCAUAAGAAGAGGGAAGAAUUACAGAAAGAAGUUGAACAAACUAAGAGGGCUUUGGCAACUCAGAAUUCCCUGACAGCUGUGGAGCACGUGAAACUGGAGGCUAGUGCAGCAGAGGAACAAAACCUGUUGUAUGAACAGAGUGAUCUAAGAAUUGAGGUUGUGGAACUUACAAGGCUUGCAGCAAUUAAGGCUGAUGAGAGAGAACAAAAGGCUCGAGAUUUCAUGCGUGCUGAAAUGAGAUACCACAAAGCUGUUGAGGAUCUAAAAACUAAACAGUUACAGAUACAAGAUCAUGAGAAAAAGCAUAAAGAAAUGCAAGUCAAGUUAAAGGAUUUCGCCAAGUUGUACGACGUUAUAAAGAAUGAGCGUAACAAGUGUGUAAAUUUGAUCCAGACAAGUACACAGAAAGCUGCUGAAAUGAGAGAAAAGAUCAAAAUCUUGCAGAAUGAGAUUGAGAUCCUACGCACUGCCGUCACUCAAAAAGACAGAUAUUUACAGAAACAGAGAUUAAAACACAUGAACAGUAUAGUAAUGCGGGAUGGUUUGAGGAAUGAGGUUGCUAAGCAACAAAGAAUAGAGGAAGAAAUGCAUGAACAGCGUGAACAACAGAAAAUGGACAUAUCUAAAUUGAAUACAAUGAUAAAUCAAGCCGAGGAACAGAUGACUAAGUUAAGAAAUAGAUACGAGAAAGCCAUCACACAUAGGAAUGAGAGAGGUAUCAAGUUGAUUGAGAGAAAUGAGGAGGUCUGCAUUUUCUAUGAAAAAGUAAACAUUCAAGAUCAAAUGAUCCGGAAUGGUAAUGUAGAGUUACAGGCUAGGGAAGAAGAGAUACGGUUUAUACAGAUGCAAAUGAAUGAAGAGAAGCGCUCUAUUGGUGUACUUCGUGCUCAAACACCAAACAGAGUUAACCUGGAAGGAGAACUAGUCACUUUACAAAUACAGCUUCAGCAAUGUCAAGAUCGUAUGCUGGAGUUAGAGAAGAACCUGGAAAACCCUUACGAUGAAAAACGUGUUCGCUACCUUGAAGGCAAAGAUCUUCCGCCUGCAGAGAUGCACGAAAAGAUUGAAGAUCUUGAGACUCGACUAUCAGAGAAAGAGGAACAACUGCUAGAGAAAGAUUUGAUAUUUGAGCAAGUAACGAGACUGGCCGGUAGAGUUAGAAACAAAGCCGAGACUGGAAAAGAUGAUACUCUGGAUCUUGCUAAAAAGGUGAAUGAAUUACAAUUCAAAAUAAAAGAUACGACACGUAAGAUGAUGGCGAUGGUAUCGGAAGUGUCAAUGAACCAGGCUAAUGCCAUGAAGCUGCAACAGUCUCUGAAAGAGAAAGAAUCCGAGCUGGAACAGAGUUAUAUUAGAAUGGAGAAGGGUGAACCACCAAGUGAAGAGAUUGAACGCGAUUGGUUGAAAUAUCUGAGGGACGAGGAUAGAAGAGCAUUUGAACACGAGGAGAAGAGAUUGAUUGAGGAAGAGGAAGAACAAUACCAGAUAGCUGGAGGUGUGACAACAACUGCCGAACCUAGACCCAAUGCCUACAUCCCAGAUGAUGACAGUGAACUGCCAAUUCCACGUCCAUAUGGCAGACAUGCUCCGUUCAAACCCACAGAACCAGGAACUACAAUGCGUCACAUCAGAAAACCUGUUCCUAAACCUAUUGAAAUUUAAUACUUUCAUGAACAAUUUGAUAUUUGAAAGUAUGAAAGAUGGUGUUAAAAAAUAUAUUUUCAAGGGGGAAAAUGGAGGUCUGUGAUAUGUUUUGUUUCAGGCAGUUAUAUGCUUGUACAUACUUGUAUGCCUUCUUUAUUGUUCUUAAAUCAUUAAAAAAUACGUAAUAAAGUAUGAUGCUUUAACAUUGUAGUUUAUGAAUUUAAUGAUAAAAUGUGG